AGCGGCGCGGGGGGAGGGGCCCGGCGAUGGGCGCUGAGGGAGCGGCGGGAGGGGUGGGGGUGAUGGCGGUCCCUCUGCGCCCGGCCUCGUAGCGCGUCCUUCUCCUAGAUACAAGAGUGGGGUGAAAGCAUGGCUCGUGGCGUGAGCCCCUUGUGUAAGAUGGCACCGAGCAGCCUCACCUGGUUGUAUGGCUUCCUGCAGUGCCGGUUGUUAUAGGGUCUCUUCCUUUUGUCGUCCGGAGGGAGCCGAGGGCAGGCAGCGGGAUGGAGCUGAGGUGCUGCCGCCGCCUCGCCCCGUGCUCCAAGACCACCGCCUACACCUUCCUGCUCGGGGGAGUGUUCAUUGCGCUGGGCUCCAGCCGGAUCCUCCUGAUGAAGUAUUCUGCCAACGAAGAUAACAAAUAUGAUUACCUUCCAACAACAGUGAACAUAUGUUCUGAAGUAGUGAAAUUGUUCCUCUGUCUGAUACUGGCACUAUGGGUUAAGAAAAAAGAGGGUUGUUUGGAUCAUCCCUCUGGAUGUCUUUCCUGGAAGAAUUUUUAUAAUUCCAUGAAAUGGUCAAUUCCUGCCUUUCUUUACUUCUUGGACAACUUGAUUGUCUUCUAUGUGCUGACCUACCUCCAGCCAGCAAUGGCUGUACUUUUCUCAAAUUUUGUCAUUAUAACAACAGCUCUUCUCUUCAGGAUAGUGCUAAAGCGAAAACUCUCUUGGGUACAGUGGGCAUCUCUGGUCAUCUUAUUCCUGUCCAUCGUUGCCCUGACUCUGGGAACUGGAGGCCAUCAGCAAAGCUUGGCUGUACACGGAUUCCAUCACAAUAUGUUUUUCAAUCCAUCUAACCACUGCCUUCUUUAUGCCGGACCUGAGGAAACGUGUGUUGAAAAGGGCAACUGUGGAGCACCAAGCUUCCUUCCCAGCUUCCAGUGGAAUGUCACCAGUACCAUGGCAGGAGCACUGAAACCUCUCCGCCUCAGUCUGGGACAUCUGCUUAUUCUAGUGCAGUGCUUCAUAUCUGCCCUGGCUAACAUCUACAACGAAAAGAUCUUGAAAGACGGGGACCAGCUUGCUGAGAGCAUCUUCACACAGAACAGCAAACUGUAUGCCUUUGGGGUGCUGUUCAAUGGGCUGAUGCUGGGUCUGCAGGCCAAGGACCGGAGGCAGAUAGGGAACUGCGGCUUCUUUUAUGGGCACAACAUCUUCUCAGUGGCUCUUAUAUUUGUCACAGCUUUCCUGGGGCUGUCUGUAGCCUUCAUCUUGAAGUUCCGAGACAAUAUGUUCCAUGUUAUGACUGCUCAGAUCACCACUGUCAUCAUCACCACAGUGUCUUUCGUCAUCUUUGACUUCAGGCCUUCUUUAGAAUUCUUUUUGGAAGCUCCUGUGGUGCUUCUCUCCAUAUUCAUCUACAAUGCCAGUAAACCAAGAGGCCUGGAAUUUGCCACUCUGCGGGAAAGGGGCAAGCUCUUUAAAGGAGACACGUGGGAGAGGUCAAGUGGGGACGGAGAAGAGUUUGAGAGACUGAACAAACCAAGCAGUGACAUCGAUACAGAUGAAGAUUUGCUCUAGCAUGGAGCUGGCUAAGAGGAAUGCUAUUACUCAUAGUGAGAGAAUGUUAAUGUUUCCUUAACAUAGCGAAGGGUCCUUUUUUCCCAUUUGCAGAACAAUUGAGACUACUUUGGGUCUGGAUGUCAGAGAUGGAUGAGGAAAACAUUCAAGCUCUUAAUUUGAGCCAUUUGUUUUUGAGAGCUGUUUUCACUCUUCCCAUCUGUGCAAAUUAGGAGUUCAAAAUCUGCUGCAAUAAACGAAGUUUGUACCUGAAGUGAACAAGAAGAGGCUUGGACCCUGGACUCGGUUGUCUGGGUGACACGCUGCAUUGGAGGGCAGUCCUGGACUCUAACCAUGUCUUUUAUCACUUUGGUUGACUGUCCUGAGUCACUGCCAGUUCCUGUAUGAAUUCCUUGGUUAGCAAAGCAGAGAUGAUAAAACUUGUCCACGCUGCAGAACUGAUAUAAGGGUUGAUUGGCAUCUUCCAAUGUAAAAAUGCUUCAUUAAGUUUUCUUUUCAGGGCUUAAGAUAUUACUAAUAACAGUCAAUACGCCUCUUAUUUAUGAGAUUUUAUUGUAUUUUGGUGAUUCACAUUGAAAUACCCCUAGCUGAGUGAAAGAGUCCCCCUGAACCAAUCUCAUCAAACCUUGACUUGAGAAUGUAUAAUAAUCAGAUAAUUUGUCUGAAGGAUCAACAUAUUCUUAAUCUAGGAGAAUCUUCUUCAGUUUGAAUGGUCUUAAUUCUGUUUUCAUUCCCAUUUUACACCAGUGUAACUCUGUACUGACUCCUGUGGAGUCCUUUCUGAUUCUUUGAUGUGGCUGAAGUAUAUUUCACUGACUUCAGCCACCAGCUCUCUCACAUUUCCAGUAUGAGACUGUUGUGUGCCUGUCUCCCAAUGUCUGGGGGAACUGAAAUUUGGAAUGCCUUUGUAGAAAAUAGUGGAUUCUACUUGCAACUUAUGUGGCUUAACUUUGAAAGAUCCUGAAUAAAACAAAAGCGUGUUAUUUGGUA